UGAGAGGAAGGAACAGGAUCAUUAAUCAGACCCAGUGUAACAUGUCUACCAUACCCAGAAAGAGGAAAAUGUCAAGACCAAAACUAAACCCUCAAACAUCAGAUGACAUAAAGGAGGUGGGGAGAGAGGCUGAAGGUAGUGGAAUGACACCAUCUGAAAAUUCUGGAAAAAGCUCCCAGAAAAUAAAGAGAACUUACACCAGAAAAAAGUACCAUGAUCUCCAGCCUGUGGUCAUUGGACCUACAGAGGAUUCAGCAAAUGGGUCAUCUUGCAGUUCAGUUAUCACUUCCAGUCUUGUCAAUGGCUUGGAAAGCCAACAUAUACCCACUGGCCACACCAGCACCUGCAGUAUGGUGGGGGAAAUAGAUGAAUCCAGUUCAGAGACUAUAGAAGAAACAGUUGUCACAGAUUUUGUGCGGAAUAAGAAACGGAAGAUGGAAGUUGGUCAGCUCUCGUUAAAAAAGUACAUUGAGGAAGUAAAACAGACAGUUCCUGUUAUAGUUCCCGUUGCUCAGUUCACCCUGAGGAAUCAGAUAGCGAGCAGUACACAGGAACAGAAAGAACUUCAGUGUACCAAGAAAGAGUCUCCUGUUUAUCCUGCAGGAAGUCAGGAGGAAAGAUGGCAACUGCAGAUUUUGGCAAAGGGUCGUGUUACCUGCCCAAAAUGUAAAAGCGUUGGAAGAAAGACAGUUGAGGGCUUGAAGAGGCACCUGGAAACUUGCAGACUGAAUCCCUUUACAUGCCCACACUGUGGGAAACAACUAAAAACGUCUACUGGAAUGAAGUACCACCUUAUGGCUGACCAUAACAACCUGCCCAUUCCAGAGACUGGGAAUGACGUAGCUGACCAAGCCGUGAAGGAGAAAUUACGUAAAGUCCUGAAGAGGAUGGGGAAAUUAAAAUGUUCAAAAGAGGGAUGCACUGGCAGUUUCACUAGUAUAAUGGGUUAUGUGUACCACAUGAAGAAAUGUGGCAAAGAGGAGUCCGAGUUGGAGAAACUGUUAUUGAACUGUAAACACUGUGGAAAAGCAUAUCGCUCUAGAGCAGGCCUGGAGUACCAUGUCAAGAAUGAGCACAGUCCGGUGCAGACACCCCAGGAAAAUGAAAUAGAGGAGGUAAAGACACAGAUAGAGCCCAUCACAGAGCGUACACAGAGCGGACGGGUCAAGCGUUUGUCAGCGCAGGUGGCAGUGUUCCACUUGAGAGAGAUCGCCAGUGAGGAGCUUCUGAAGGAGUGGCCUAAAAGGAAAGUGCAGCGUGACUUGGUGCCAGAUGACAGGAAGUUGAAGUACUCCCGUCCUGGGUUACCUGCCUUCAGUCAAGAGACUAUGUGCAAGUGGAAGAAUGAAGUCAAACUGCAUAAAAAAUUGCAAUGUCCGAACAAGGGAUGUGAUUGCUUCUAUACCAGUGUAUCUGGCUUAAAGGCUCAUCUUGGCCUAUGUACCUUGGGGGAAUUUCAGACUGGGAAAUAUAAAUGCUUGAUAUGUAAGAAAGAAUUCCACUCUGAAAGUGGAGUGAAGUACCACAUCAAUUCCAUUCACUCUCAGGACUGGUUUGUUGUGCAGUCAAAAGCCAAGACUUCCAAAUUUGAUAAACUGCACUCAGUCAAGACUCAGCCAAAGGAAGACUCCAUAAAGCAUUCAGAACUUCCCUCACCAAACCGAGCCCUCAGUUUACCCCAGGUCCCCAACACCUGGCAGAAGAGACAGAAAUCAGCGGUGCCCAUAUCAAGUGGGACAACAAAUCCAGGAAUUGAGAAAAUGAAGAGGAAGGAGGUCAGAAAAAGCAGAAAGGGAAAAGCGAGCAAACAGGAGAAAGAUUGCUAUGAAUUCAGCGGCAGUGACAGUCAGAGCAGCAGCAGCAGUAGUGAGAGUUCAAGCAGCGAAUCAGAGGCUGAAGACACAGCGGACCAGAGAAAAGACAACUGGGCCCUCAACAGGCCCCUCGUGAAGCCUAGGUCCAACCAGAAUUCAGUGGAAGAAAAGGUAUUAAUGGCAUCUGCUGCCCUGAAAUUGGGGGAGCAGAGAGCAAUGGGUUUUCCCUGUGAAAAGGAUGAGGAAGAGCAUACGGGACUGGCUAUCCAUGAGAAUAAAGAGGUAACUCGUGAUUUGGGUAAAGAACUCCUCAGUUCUUCAGAGCCUCAGAAGAUGGAGUCAGAGUUACGGAAGUCUGGCUGUGAUCUACUGGAUAAAGGUGUGAAACCAGAGGCUAACUCUGACAUGACCAGUGCAUCAUUAGAGAUGAGCCAAGAACUACCUCAAGAAUUUUCCUCCCAAGUUCCCCAUGAUAUAGGCCAGGAGAGUCUGCUUAACAAAGAGGGAGUCCAGAAGAAGCUAGGGCGUCCUAAUGCAAACCCCCGUAUUGAGAAGACCCCUGCCAAAAGGAGGAAAAAGGAGAUCAUUCCACUGAUUCUAUCCCAUCAUGAGAAUUCUGCAACCUUGGAUACCUCUGAACUAACUGCUAGUGGUCGGCCCAAGAGGAGAGCUGCUAAAAUUGCCUUAGAUUAUCUCCACAACCUGGUCAAGGAUCUUGGUCAUACAGAGUCCUCAACGAAAGACACGAACAAACAUAAUAAAGUGGACAGCAAGUCAAAGAAGAACGACACAGCAAGAGGGAAGGGGACAAAGAGAAAAGUUCCAGGUUAUAACAGCGACAUAGAUGAUGAGGAUUUCACCCCAGAAAAGGAUGAAGAGGCAGAGAGUGACGAAGAUGACGAGGAUUCGGAGCCAGACAUGGCUUUGUCAUGGAGCUUGGACAUGGAGCGCCGAAACAGACAGUCUAAAGGACGUUUUGUGAGUCUAUGGUCCACAUCAUAUACCCAUACAUCUGCUGCUUUCACUUUUACACGAGAAAACAUCAAAGGAAAGAUUGAACUGCAGAGGAUGAAUAGGUUUGAAUCAUUGCCACAUCAAGCUUCUCGCUGGGACUCUCUGUUCUUUGUGGGGGGUCCCGUGCGAUCCAUGGAGUGGUGCCCGUGUCCUGACGGGGCGGCAGGAUCACAGUAUGCUACCAUCUACUGCCACGAGGGCAUGGACGACAGACACAAAGUCAACCAGCUGCACACAGGGCCUGUCUUACUGCAGCUGUGGGACUUCUGAAGCCUUCAGUGCAAAAGCAGUUUUAAUUUUUAUCAGACUCUACAGAUGUCUAGAUUAGGACUUCUAGCUGCAGCUUUCUCUAAUGGAACCAUCAGGGUCUACAGUCUUCCUCACCCAGAAGCCCUUACAGCACACCAUCUGAGUAAAGGAGGAACCAGCCAAGCACCACUGAUAUGCCGGGUGAAACCAGUUCUGACGUUGAAAAUGGGCUCUAGCCAGGCAGAUCAUAAAGGCCAAAGUGGCAUAUGCUUUGCUAUGGAUUGGCUCCAUGUCAAGCCACACAAUCUUCUGGCUGCUGGCUUCUAUGAUGGUGUGGUAGGUCUGUGGGAUCUGACUAGCAAGUCACCACUGCAGAAAGUCAAGUCUUCAGAUGGGUUUUAUUUUCUUUACCCUUACCACUGCUUCCUGGCACAUGACGAUUCCAUACGUACCCUGUGCUGGUGCAGAGCCUCAAGUAACUUGUUGGUGACAGUCGGAGAUGACCGCAUGGCUAAAAUGUGGGACCUGAGGAAAACCUAUGUACCACUCUUUGCGGUAAAGCGUUGUCUGUCCCCUGAAGUGUACUGGCCCCUCUUUUGGAGUGGCAUCUUCAUCGCUCCGGAGUGUUGCUAUGCCACGUUUGGACAGCAUGGGGUUCAUUAUUUUGAUUCAGGUUACCUUGGAAUAAGGCCUUACUUUGUAUGUCCCAGAAGAGCCACUCUUUGGAGUCUUUCUAUGUCUGAUUGGAUAAAUGCUGUUGCUAUUGGGGACAGUAGUGGAGAUUGUUUAUUUAGUUUGAUUCCUCAAAUGAACUCCGAUCCCAGCUCUAUGAAGCGACGAAGAUUUUCAGUCUACAGAACUGACCAGGUCCAGUUUCAACCCGGUCAGAGGCCUGGAAAUGAGAAAGAGGAGGAAGAGGAGGAAGGUGCGAGUCUUACAAGUAUUCCCAGACAGGAGCCACGGAGCUAUAAAGGAGCCAUCAAAAAGUACUACCUCCACUUUCACGACGUGGACCUGGGGAACUUUGCUAAGUGUAACGAGCGGCCCAUGAUGAAGCAUAUGCAAGCAGCUGAGAAUAAAGGUGAUAUUAAAGUGGAACAGAUGCCAUUAAGUGCACUCUAUAAGGUUCGUUUUAACCCAAAUAUGGAUGCAUACACCUGGGUUUUGUCCGGAGGUCAGUCAGGUUUUGUGCGUGUGCACUGUAUACGUGGACUAAGCGACUCUUUGAUGCUGAAGCUGUUGCAUGAGGCUCAAGCUCAGUUCAGUGCCAUGUUCUAGUCUCAGGAGCCUGAGGACUCUGUGACAGCUGUUCAUCACAGCACAGCUGAUACAUUACAAGUGCACUAAUCUCCAUCCCCUCACCAUCUCUGAUCUAAUAGAGAUUGGUGGGGCCUAUGAUGUCAUAAUAGACUUAAAGGCUUGGUUGACCAGCCUUUCAUUUUUAAAUGACUUAUGUCACACCCACUUUUUACAUUUAACUUAUAUUGACAGCAAGAAAAACUAUUUUGAAUACAAGCCUCUUUAUAGUCCUGUUUUUAUAUGUUUGUGUAUUUUGUUUUUAUCAAUGUACUGGUGUACAGCGAGCAAAACCUUCUGAACUUCACAGCAUCGACUUAAACCUCAGACAAAAAUUCUGUUUGUGAUGAUUUCAGUUCAGGAAUAUUAUCUAAACUUGUGAUUUUCCUCUAAAUGUGGUGCCCUUUACAAGAAGUGUGUAAACUCUUAAAAUUGUCAGCAUUUACCAUGCUUUCAGGACUGAUAUAAGAUUGGUUUAGUGCUGUAUUGAUCAAACUUAAAACUUUAUCAAACAUCUUGACGUUUAGGGAGUUAACAUUGGGCUGGAUCUGUGCAAUUUCCUACCUUCAUAAAUAUCUGUUUCUGUUUUCAAACUGUUUUGUGUUUUUGUUUGUUUGUUUGUUUGUUUUCUUUAUACUGUCUAUUAAGGAUAUAAUUUCUUACCCUAAAACUACAUUUUAAAGGAAUAGUUAGACCAAAAAUGAAAGUUCUGUCAUUAUUUACCUGCCCUUAUUUGCAUUACUUCAUUUAAUUCUCUUGAAGAACACAAAAAUAGAAGAAUGCACUGUGUAAGUAAAACAAACAAGGACUGACACUGUCAAGCGUUAAAAUUACAAAAAAGCAACAUUCAAGUAUUAUAAAAGUGAUCCAUAUGAUGUGCACUAUAUUCCAAAUCUUAUCAAGCCAUACGAAAGCUUUGUGUGAGAAACGGACUGAAAUUUAAGUUGCUAUUUAACUGAAAAUCUUGACAUCCAGCCUAGUGUUCUUUGGCAUAUUCAUAAGAGAAGAAUCGAAGUCUAUUCUUUUGAAUCUGAUCUUUUCAAUUAAUCGGUUAAUCUAGUUCACAAAACCGGUCUGAAUGAUUUGCUCACAAAUUGGACUGAUCCCGUUUAAUUCAGUGAAUCAGUUUUUCUGGUCGGUGCGGUUAAAAGCUCACUGGAUGUGAAGAUUAUCAGUGAAUUAGGACUUACAUUUGGAGAUGUUCCUAACACAAAACUAUGACUUCUGAAUACUUCGAAUAUAUCACACAAUUCAUAUUGACCACUUUAAUAAUACUAGUGAUUUUGUUCUUUUUACAAGCUUGAAAACUUACUGUAAUUGCAUGGAAAAGAGCGACUAUUACAAUUGUUCAAAAUGUCUCUUUUUUGUGUUCCACAGAAGAAUGAAUGUCAUACGGGUUUGGAACAAGUGAAUAAAUGAAG